AUGGUGAACAAGAGAAGCAAUCUUGUCGAAAGACGUCUGUAUGAAUAUACACUGCAUGCUGUUACAUCACCCUUAUAUACUACUGAAUCAAACAGAACAAGUGAUCAACUUGCAACUCAUGUUGCUAAGCUUUUCAAUGUUGAUCCUGAAGAACAUGAACAAAAAUAUAUGCAAGCUAUUAAGAAAGAACCAUGCGGUGUUGUUCUCUUGGUUGAUGUUAAACAAGCACGUGAUUUGCGGGGCGAAGAUCAAAAUGGUUUGAGUGAUCCUUACUGUGAAAUUACUGUUGUAAACAUCCCCAGCCACCAUAAGAAUUCCAAUGGGCUAGCAACAUCUUCACUAUCCAUAUUGUCAUCAGAAACACCUCCUAUUCGAAAACGAAGUCUAUCAUUGUUUUCUUGUGUUCGCUCAUCAUCUCCUAAAGAUCAUUUGAAGGCACCAUCAAGAAAAGUUAGUCGACGAAAUAGUAAAAACAGUAGCGGAACACGUUUGACCAAUCAAGUAAUAUUAGAGUCUCUCAAUAAAAACAAAACAUCAUCAGUGCCACCCUAUCGUACGAAAGUUAAACAAAAAACUCUUAAUCCAGAGUGGAAUGAACACGUUGAAUUUGACAUAGACAAUAUUCUUGACAAACAUUUGCGCAUAUGCGUAUACGAUUCAGAUAGGGAACGGGCGCCGGGAUUGAUAACAGCUGUUCAAGAAAAGCGUGGAUUUUUACAAAAAUUUUCUGGAAUUCACAGUUUCUUAAAAACAGGUGAAAUUAAAGAUGAUUUUCUUGGUGAAAUCUUGCUUGAUGUUAAAUCAUUAGCAGUAUUUGACCGUGAUCAAUGGUUUCCAUUAGUGGGAUCAAAUCAAAAUCGAUCAAAUAAUAAUAAUUCAAGAGGUGAAAUUCUACUAGGACUAAAAGUUCAUUUUAAAUUGGAUGAGAGAAAUACGAAAGUUCGUCAGCGUGUAUCAAGUGGUGCCGCAUUAGAAUUUCGUCGUGGCCAUUCAACAGUAUCUGGUAUUCCAAUAACUUCAUCGAUUAUAUUUCGUUCAAUUCUUCCAGAUGAUUUUGAAGUAAAUUUCAGUCGAUGUGAUUCAUGUUUAACACCAGCAACUGAUACGGAUUCACCAUUAUUAAUCGAAGAAUAUCAUCAAUUAACUCGUAUUAUUAUGUUGCAUGAAUUAGAAGAUGUGAGACAAACGAUUGAAAAUCCAUCGCGUGAAAUUGUUAUUGAUUGGAGUGGAUCAUUGAGUCAAUUAUCUGUUGAUGUGCUCACUCAAUUUCGUGUUUUAUACAAUAUUUCAAUACUAUCAGAUGCAUUGAUGCAAUUACUUGUUAUUAUGGAACUUCGAUGCUCAGGCGAUUAUGCAAUGUUUAUAAGUCAAGGUGUCCUUAUAGGCUUUUUAAAACCAUUUCUACAUCAACUAGAUCUAAGAGCUGAUGUUACCGAUUUGGAUUUUACUGAUUAUGAAAAAACAGCAUUUAAUGAUAUUCUUAAUGCCUUUGUUGGCCAUUAUAAUAAACGUGUAAAUAUUGAUGCGCCAUGGUUUUUACCAUCGAAAGAAGCAAUACCAAAUAUUCAGAGUAUAUUUGAACUAAUCAAUACAUUACUUCUUUCGAAAAUUUGCUCGAGUCAACCAACAAUACGGAUUCAUUUUGAAGAAACAAUUAAACGUCGUUUACAAACGGAUAUUAAUGAUUCUUUUAGUGUUUAUACACAUGCAUUCGAUGACAAAAAUGAUAUGCAAUUAGCUGGUGCUAAAAAUUAUCUUGAAUAUGUUGUGAAAAUAGCUGAAUCAAUGUCCCUGCUAUCUGUUUAUCAGGGAUUCUUUACACCAUUCAAUAUAAAUUAUGUUAAAGAGUGUUUCUUUGGAACGCAAGGUGUUGGUGAUCGGUUAACUGAAAUCACAAUAUGUUUAUUAGGCAACAGAACAGAAUACUUUGAAGUACAUUCAAAACCAACAGUUACAGCAACCUCAUCAAUAUUUGAUCCAAAUUUAAUUGACAGCUCACGUACCCUUUUAAAUUUAUAUUUAUAUUUAAAAACAAUUGUUGAAAACCUUCAAAAGAAUCUUCAAACACGAGAUUGGGAAAUAAAUGCCUUCAAAUUGAAAUUAAAUGAAUACCAUAAAUGGUUUUCACCAACAAUGAAAUUUCUACUCGAAGGUUUUGUUGCAUAUAUAAGACAAGUGAUGGAGAGAGCUGUAGAAAAUGAUAAUGAAAUAGAACUUCCUCCCAGUGAAUCUACUCUUCAUUCGGAAUCGGCCACGAUUGCUACUAAUCUCUGCAUACGGUUGUGUAGAGAAUGGGAAGCGAUUAAUUAUCCUAAUACGGACGUACGUUACACAGCAGUUAUUAAACUAACAAAUACAAUAUGUGAACAAUGUCAACAUUAUGCACGACGUAUAGCACGUAAAUUAUCAGACAAUAGCUACUUUCCGAAUUUAGAACGUACACAAUCUUUUAAUGUUUCAAAAAAAUUAUGUACAUUAGUUAACGAUAUUGAGUAUGUUAAAUCCAAUUUACUUUCAUCAUUACCAAAUUUACUAAAUUUCUCAUCUGUGAUUGAUAAAAUGAAUGAAGAGUAUGGGUCAACAGAAUUUCAGCGUACGAAAGUAACACUUGAACGUUUAAUUGCCACAGCUGAAACUGAAAUGAAUGACGUUAUGAAACUUAUUUUCGAACAUGUGGCGACAUCGUUUUAUGAAUCUUUACGAGGUAAAAUUCGUGAUUAUUAUGAUGCUGAAGCACAUAACAAAGCCAAUUGUAUGACAGAUAUUCAUCAAUAUAUUGAUCGGCAAAUUCUUCAACAGCUACAUGAAGGUCUUGAAACAGUUCAAUAUUCACGUGUUGCUAGUGCUAUACGCAUUAAGGCGUUACAAUGUUUCAAAGAAUUAUUACCUUUUGAUGUACCACCUGAUUUUUAUAAACGUGUUCUAAGUUCAUUUGAUCUAUUAGCUAAUUAUUUUGAAGAAGUAUGCCGUGAAAAAUCUCAUACACCUGGCCCACCAUGUGACGAAGAAAAAGCAUUCCGAAGCAUACUUGAAAACUAUGCACUAUCAACUGAACAAUUACAAUUAAUGUACUUUCUACAUAUAACUCUAGCACGUUCUCCACAUGAAUAUUCAGUAAAUCAUGGUCAAAUAGCUUUUCGUACUGCAUACGAGAUAAUCAAUGAUCUUCUUACUAUUCAUGUUUUUAUUCUUAAUUGUCGACAUCUAACAAAAAUGGAUUAUUUUGGUAAAUCAGAUCCCUAUGUUGUUCUUGAAUUGAUACCAUCUACAGUUUUUCAAAAUCGUGCAAAACCUCUUCGAACAACAACGAAAAAACAAACACUUAAUCCAGACUUUAAUGAACUAUUUCUAUGGUAUCGUCUUCCACUAAAUGUACUCUCAAUGUCUGGUACUGUUUUACAUAUGAGUGUGUGGGAUCAAGAUGUAGUGAAUGAUGAUUUUAUUGGUGAGUGUUUUGUACCAUUAGCAAAUAUUGAGUCGUUAGCAAAUCGUCAAUCAAUACGUGAUGUUCCUGCGUCAGAAAUACCGUUAAGAAGACCAUUAAAAAAUAUUCAACCAUCAGUAUUUGAAUUAAUUCGAAGUCGCAUACGAUUUGACCCAAUAGCAGCUCAAUUUGUUAAAGAUCGUACUAGUGUAAUGGAAGCUGGUACUGGAAGUGAUGAUAGAUCUAAUUCAAGUGACGAUAAACACUCAUCAGGUUCAUACGCUAGCUCAGUUAUACGUUCAAUGGUUUCUAAGCUGCCAUUUAAUAUGAUUUUCGGUUUUAAUUCAAAUUCUCGGGAUAGAUCAGACGUUGGUGAUGAUGACGAUGAUAAUGACAUAAUUUAA